AUGGAAUUCUUCCUCAAUGGCAAGGCGCUUCGACUCCGCAGCCAGUAUAAAAAAUAUCUAGUUGCCAAAGACGAUAAAAAGUCCGUCGGGCAGGACGGUGAUGGAUCAUCCAAGAGAGCUGAAUGGACCGUCGAGGUUGUAACCGACUCCGACGACUACUUCAUCCGCCUUAAGAGAUGCUACAACAAGUAUCUUACCGCCUCCAGUACUGGUCAGAAAGUUCUACAGACCCCGCCUUCACCUGAUGACUCUACGGUCGAGUGGGAGCCGAUCAACGAUGGGGAAUACUAUAGGCUCAAGAGGCGCAAUAGUAGCUUCCUCAGGGGCAGUAGAUGGCGUCGGUUGUACUCGGUCACCCAUUAUACAGCUGAGAAUGAAACAAUGAAGUCUAGCUUGAAAUGGGAUAUUGAGGAUGUAAUGACUCCACCUGCAGAUCCUCCUUUUGCUUUUGAAAAUGUGAGUUGA